GUUUCGCUUAUUGUAAGCCUUAGUCUGGGUUCGAAUGAGCGCGGAAAGGGGCUGCCAGGAGGAACGAGGCGAGGGACGGGGAAGACCGUAUCAGUGUGAAGAUGACAGCACUGUGCAUGGAGGAGAGCAUUUACAAUCUUCUACCACGAAUUGUGGACAAGCCUAUGAAACCACCUAGAUAUGUGUCAUCGUUUAGACCAUAUGUGAAACGUGCAUUGCAGCAAAGUAAAGCGCAGUGGAAAACCAUUGGACCAGCAAAGGUUGAGGUGCCUUCUCCAAAAGAUUUCCUUCUGAAGCAUUCAAAGGAACCAAAGUUACCAAAAAGGAAAAAAGAUAAAGAAAGGAAAAAAAUGGUAGAAACAACAGUUCCUAAAGUAACAGAUCAUCCAGUUAUGGGAGUUCAGUGUACCAGGAAUUUCAUAAGCACAAAUGCAGCUAACGUGAUCAUGGGAGUAGCUAAGAAACCUCAGCAAGCUUGUGUUGACCGGCGACAAGGGGAUAAAUUUCUCCUAGAAACUUCAGGACUUGUUCCAAGAUAUCUCAAGAAAAAGGAUUAUGGUCUCACUCCUAAAUAUGUAACAAAGCGAAACGAAGAAGCAAGGAGAGCUCAAGAAGAAUAUGAUGCUUACGUCAAGGAGACUCUCAGACAAAAAGCCAUGAAAAGGCUGUCUGAUGAAGAGAGGGAAAAUCUUCUUGAGGACUUGAAGAAGAACUGGGAAGAGUUGCAUCAGGCCUUCCAAAGCCUUUCAGUAGAAAUUGAUACGAUACCAAAGAAGCUUCACAAAGAAAGGCUGGAGACACAGAUGAAACAUUUUGAACAUGACAUUCAGACAAUUGAGAAACACAAAGUGAUUUAUAUUGCAAACAAAUGAUGACCUCAUUAGGGGAAGAAUGGAUGGGAACAAAGUUUGUUUUUAGUAGAGAAACAGGAAACAUCUAUAUAUAAAAAUUUAGGGAAAGUAUUUCUAUUUUAGCAAGUAUCUUAGGACCUUACUUUAUUUUACAUUUUAAAAGUUUUAUAGAUAGUCUUGCCUAUAUUUUGUAAUAAAUAAAAAUUAUUUUUCUCCAGAUUGUUCAAUUAGCUGUAUAUUAUAAAGACAUCUAAAGGUUUCAGUUGUCUUUCAAACAUUUAAUGUCAUAUAUGGUAAUAAUUCAAAUAAUUUUGUAAAUAAGGAGAGUGUGGAUAGAUAGUAGCAGAUACUUAACAAUGUUAGAACUUACCUAAAAGCUCAAAGUUUUCUCUGUUUAUAGGUUGGGUUUUGUUUUUGUAGAUAGCUCAGUGAGUUAGGUAUCUGGCUGCAGAACCAAAGGCUGGGUUGAUUACCCAUUUUAACUCCUGGAAGAAGAGCCAGCUUGUUUAGCUUUGGGCAAGCCACACAGUCCCAAGGAAACCCCAGAAGAGGGAAAUGAUAAAUCACUUCUGAGUACUCUGUAUCUAGAAAACCCUGGAGAGUGUCACCAUAAGUUAGAAUUGACUUGAUAGCAUGUUAUUAUUUAUUUUUUAUAUUAUUUCUCUUAGUUUCUCUGUACAAAAUGUACAUGGUAGCUAGGAAAGAGAUAUAGCUUCCUGCAAAUAAUUAAAAAUGGAAGGCAGUAAAUACAUAAUAAAAUUAACACAGGAAUGAUGUACACUCAGAACUUGGAAAAGUUAGUCUUUUUGAGUGCAAUUCCAGGAUUCACAGAAAGCACAACCAGUGAGAGAUUCUGGAAGUUGUAGUACAAGUAACUUUUCUGAGCUCUCUCUUUCGUAUUUUGCACAAUUACUCAUAUUUCACAUAAAAUCAAGAAUAUACAACCGCAAAAAUGUGGUGUUAUCCAAAGUAAAACUUUUAUCUUGGUAUAUCUUGUAGUUUUUAAAUUUUAAUUUUAAAUUAUUUUUAAAAAUUUGUGGCAUUUCUCAUAAUUUCCACUCUGUUUCUUUUAGAUGUGGAUUGACAUACAAUUUCUGGAUAAAUCUAAGAAAGCAUAAGACUUUUUGAGUCUGUUUUAGACUGUCUCACAUUGAAUGGACGUUUGUUCAUGAAGUUUGGUUGGACCCGGUACCAGAUAAUUGUGUAUAGGACUGCAGUCUAAGGUUGUAAACUAAGUGGAAGUUAUGUGUGAGUAACAUGCAUAGAAUUGUGAUGUAUAGCCAAGGCUGGCAUUUGGCCACCUGUGGCAAAACAGCAAACUUUCCCUCCCCCAUGUAGGCACAUUGCACCCAAACACUGUCAAUUUACAUAACGUUUAAAAAAAAUCACAGUAUCACUUGAAAUGCAAUAUUAAUAAAAAGAAUAACUUACAAUUUGCUGCCU